AUGGACACAACAGCGGAGCCGAGGGUACCAUACGUCAACUGGCUCCUCUUCGGCGAGCUCGGCGUUGUCGUUAUCGUCGCCUGCGCCUUUUUCCUCUACUUUAACCGACUCUUCGGCGCGGUAUUCGCUUGGUGUGUCCGGCUGUACACCUGGCGCAAGCAUCAUGCCUAUAUCUCGAUAGGAUCUCUCCAGUUCGCGCCGCUCGCAGGGAGGAUAGCGUUCCGGAAUGUCGAGUAUCACUCCAGCAACAUCUCGGUCAGGAAUGAGUGCCGUCUGGUCAUCUUUGCCGAUGGUGUCGAGUGCUUCGUGUACAAUCGGACCCCCGCUUACGACGCCAUUGUCGAGCGGAUGAAGAAGCAUGAGCAGGAGAGCCGGACCUCAACCCCUUCGAAGGCCUCUUCCGAGGAGAACCCUAUCAAGGCCAGGCUGCGGAAGGCGUUCCGCUCUACGCAUCAGGAGGAUGGGCUUGCUCAGCUCAAUAGCAACAAUUCAAGCAGUACGUGUCCAGACACAACGCCCGAACCGCCAUCCUCCACCGUCACUCCCGAGGUCGAGGCUGUGGACUGGUUCCGCGAGCUCUGUCCGAUAGAGCUGCGCAUUGAGAAGGGUUCGGUGAUCUUGGGGAGCGAUGCGACGCCAAUGAUCCUCAUUGCCGACUUUCGGAGCGCUACGGGAACGGUCGAGAUCACAGACUCUCGGUCGGUCUGCGACAAGUACAAGAUGUCAAUACCGCUCAGACUCGAGGACGUCAAGGUGCUUUACCGUACCAACGUCGAAUGGUCCGGACCGCUUCUCGCGCACGGCAAGAAGGUGUAUGACGAGCUUCUCCGCGAGGACCCGGACCUCACCAAGCAACCCCCCUCGUCCAUCUCUACGAAGACGGCCUUCCUCGCCCUGGCUCGGCGCUUCCACUUCCUUCUCAGCCCGACCUUUUCUACCCCACCACGAGCGGGGAUGCCGCGGGACAAAACCUGGCGGGGAUUGGCGAGGUACUGGCCGGAGAGCACCAGGGCGCCACCAAAGCAUGAGCGGGAGUACGCCAAGGUGACUACUCUGGUGGACACACCGGAGCUGGACCUUACCUACUACUCGGAUACGCCGGGUAUUGUUCCGCACCCGGACGAGAUCGGCUCGCCGGACCCAAAGGACAAAUUCGGGAACGUCGAUUUGGCGCCCGAGUACGGGAUCGAUGUUGUCAUCCAUGGCGGAAUGGUGCAGUACGGGCCAUGGGCGGAUCGGCAGCGGGAGGCCUUGCAAAAGACCUUUGCUCCCAAUAUCUUCUUCGACUCGGAGCCCAAGUCUCGGCUCCGAGCGGGAGAGACUAGGGUUCACGCCGACCUCGUGGUUAGCGUGACCUUCAGCGAGGAGACGAAUCUGCGGAUCCCAACAAGAGAGCCCUCCAAGGACUGGCAGUUCGAUGCCAAACCCGAGGCGGAUCUCGAGCGGCCCUAUGGCUGGCUGGAUGUCACGGCCGGGGCGGACUCGACCAUCAGCUAUACCCAAUCCCAGUUCGCCACCGCUCAAGGCUACGAUGCCAAUCUCGUCCUCCACCUUAAAUCCCUAUCCAUCGCUUCCAGCAUCAACCUCCAAUCCUUCGUCGACGCCAAGUCAUGCCGCUUGACGCUGGCGAUGCCGGUCCCGCUGGGCUGGGAUGCUCAGCGGAACUGGGGUAUCGACAUGCACUUUGAUACCCCGGAUAUCACGCUGCUGAGGGAUCAUGUCACCCUCAUCUCGGAUAUCGCCAAGGACUGGUCGUCGGGCGCGGAGGGCGACUUUCACCACUUCGUACCGGUUCAUUACAACUUCAAGAUUGGCAUGAACGACUAUGCCUUUCAUUUGUACAUCAAUGACUGUAACAUCGUGGAUCGGCCUCAGUCUCGGGACGAUAAUUCUUUUGUCGAUAUCAUGGGUCCCACCUUAUCCGCCUACACUGCCAUCGCAUCCACGCAAUAUCGCCCGGAGUUCUCAGUCAUCCCAUUCACCGUCAAUCUGAAUGACGCUCGGCUCGAGAUCUCCAUCCCAAAAUGGGACACUCACCGGUCCUUCCAAUCACAAUCCCCCAUCGAGAUUGGCCGGAUUGGGACGGGCUCGGCGUCCGGGUCAUAUCGCUACUACUCGCAUCCUCAUCCGGACCACGAGGAGGCGCUCACGCUCCACCUGGACGCGUCCAAGGUGGCGUUCAAGUGUAUGGGUUGGGUCUUGCGCCGCCUCUUCUGCGUCAAGGACAACUACUUUGGCAUGUUCACCCAGUUCACGACCACCCAAGAAUACCUGGAACGGUUCGAUCACGAUCCGAAUUCGGUCGGCGAUCCGGUCGAGGAGAAGUACCGUCCUGGUCGGUCGGACCCCUUCGCGGUCCAGGUCACGCUGGAUGUGCGGGAUUCGCUCGUACUCCUCUCAGACGAGAUCUUUGCGUGCGAGAGUGGGCUGGCGCUGCCCAUUCCUCAGCUUCAAAUGAUGCUCAAGUCGGUCGAGGCGUUCAUGGAGCUAUCUCUGGACCUGCCUCCCACCUACAUCGUCGCUGCUCCGUCUAUCGAAAUGUCAUACGUCGCUUGUCGGGCCCCACCACCGUCAUCUACACAGUGCGUGUGCAUCGAAGGAAUCAUCGUCAAGGCGAAUCGGCUUUUCGGACCUCAGCCUCACGGCACGACCUAUUUUUGCCUUUGGGAGAUCGCCAUCCCCAAGGUGUCGGCGUAUCUCACACCCGCGUUCCUGGCGACCGUACGGAGCUCAGUCACCGCCGUUGCGUUCAAUUUUAGCGACAAGGAGAAUGCGCCGACCGACAUCUACAUCCCCGUCACUCCUCCUGAUGUCACGUUCUUCAAGCUCGCUGUCGGACCCGUCUCGGCUAUCAUGUACGGGGGAGACGCAGCUGCAGCGGUCGAUCUCCCCGGCGGCGUUGUCCUCGACACUAGUUCUCUCGCCACCCUUACCUCUUCCUCUUCCCUCGCCAUCCUUGUCCCCUCCGCAUCUGUCAACCUCCUCACUCGCCUCUCGUCCCGCCAGAAAUGGACCUCCGCCGGAUCUUUUUACUCUGGCGUUUCGGUUGACAUCUACAAGGCGCCAAAAGACUGGCAGGAGAAGGCGCAGAAGCAGCAAAAGUUCUUGCGGGAGGAGGAUGAGCCGACACAGCGGAUCUGGUACAUGUACGCGGAGAAGGAGGACACAUCGAAGACCCAUCACAAGGGGUCCAGCUAUCUACCUAGACCAUACUCGCUGGAGCAUGGUGAGUACGCACCGGGACUCAAGCUGAUGGUAGACGACUCGGGCACGGAGGACGAGGAGACUGAGGAUGAAGUCGGACCAGAGGUGGAUUCGAGCGAUUCGGACCGGGAGGAUCAAGCUCGUCCAAAGAUCAAGCACCAUCGGAGCCGCUCUCGCUCGUUCCGGACCGCAAAGGAGACUUUUGAGGACUCGAGCGGAGAGUCGGACGAUGUCUCGUCGGUGGCCUCUUCUGCUUCGUCUCGGUCUCCGAGCGAGUCGGGUCUGCCGCCAGACAUGUCUUCGAUCCUCGCCGACCACGCUCGAAAGUUCAGCCGUUUCGCUCAAAGCAGAAAUGCACCGACCUCACCUACCCCCGGAUUUGGCAUCGGUCCCAAACUGCCAUCCUCUCCUCUUCCAAACGGUACUCUGAUUCGAGUGCGAGUCGAGCCGCUCCUCCUGCAGGCCAGUCUGGCUGGCGUCUCACCUGUGCUCGCUCUCGCAGAUGCCAUGUCUGUCAAUCACUCCCGACCGCUUCAGAUUGUUGACGGCAUCCUCGAUCAGCUUAUCGACAACUUCAAUGACCGUAACGGCCGGCCGGUCCCCAGCAUCAUCGACAUUACCGCGCCUAGCAUCGGCGUAUCUCUCUCCACCAGCUCGGCCGUCCACGACCCGGUAUCGCGUGUCGCGCUCGACAUCGGCGGUGUGAUCUCCCGCAUCAGCCGAGCUCCCGCGGACGGCCAUUCCCCAUCCUCCUCAGCAUCAGUCUCGAUGCUCAGUCUCCACACCACCCUCUACUCCACCGCUCACCAGCUGCCAAAGCUUUCGCUGAACGAUAUUAACCUCAACCAUCCCCACACGCCUGGCGCACCUGUCCUCCAGCUGGACCAGUUGGGUCUGCAGAUGGCGUUCAACGAGAUAGGCAAGGAUCGGCAGAUCCGGGUACACGCUACCAGUACCGAUCUGAAGCUGGUCUCCGCAGCGCUUUCCACGGCCACCGAGACUGCCGGAAUCUGGCGGGACCGGCUCGCCAAGCUGGAGAUGGCCAAAGCUGUUCCUCAGCUGGGUCCGUUGCUCGUUGCGGCUGUCAAAUCGGCGGGUCCAAACGCGGAAAACGCGCCUCUGCCGGCGUUCGCGACGGAGCUCACUUACGAGCUCCACGUCGAUGACGAUCGAAACAUCCGGCGGGACCACGGCUGGCGCAUCAUCUCUCGUCUGAGGCAGAUCCUGCUGCUUACGCCGGUGGCACCUGGGGACUUUCCUACUGCGGAUCAAUCGGCGGUACAGGGGUUGUCCCUUCUCGACUGGGUACCCGACGAGAACAACGAAGCCCUUACCCGUCAACUACCCUUUGUCCAGAAGGCUUUCGACUUGCCCCAUCCACAGCCGGACACGGAAGAGGCCAGCUCUUCAGAGGCGGCUUUUGUCAGCAUCGAAAAUGUCGUUAUACGGCACUACGACUACUUGCUCGGUACCGGCCGGGUCGGGUCGAGCUUCGUCAGGAUGGGCACCACCUCUGCCGGACUGUACCGGACCAAGCUGUCCGGUAAGCCUGGACCCGAUGUCCAGGACCGAGCUGUCCUAGCGGUCAGCUCAAUCGACGGCGAGAUCCAGGACUCCAUCUUUCCCGUCGUCCGCCACUUUUCGGCUGCUUCAGCCUCCCCCUCUUCUUCUUCCCACCCUUCCGCUGUCUCUGCUGGCAACUCUACCUUCCUCGUCAAUGCGCACCUCGGCUCCGGCGACAUGUGCGUGCUCGCCGGCGGGCUCAAGCUCCGCACCGUCGUGAAUAACGCCACUGGUGUCCUCGGCCACCUGCAACGGCAGCACAGUCGGAAUGGGCUAUCAUCAUACGUCACCGUCCGGAAUGAUAUCACCGUCGUCCUCGAUAAGGCGGAUGUCGUGCUACUCCAGCCGUCGGACGACGACAACCCGUCGAAUUCGGCAGAUAGGGAAGUGGUGGUCAUAGGGGUAUCGGGGUUGAAGGUGGUCUCGGACACGCAGGGGUCGACCAAGCCCUCUUCGGUGAAGGAAAGGAAGGUGGUGCUGGCUCUGCAGAUGGUUGUUUUUGAUAGCAAGCCGACUCUUAGGAGGGCGCUGGACUUUGCGCAGGUGUGGAAGGAGAAGCAUUACCCACACUACGAGCCCACCAUCAACCAGAUGCGCUCGACCAUUGCGGCCAAUCCAGCUCGCGUACCCCAGCCCAAUCGCAUACCCGUCAGCCUGACAUUCGACAUCCUCGUUUUACGGGCUUCCCUCACGGUUCGUACGGCCAAGGCGGCGUGGAUCGGCUGGCAAGUCGGCCGCUUCUAUGCCUGCCAAAAUGGCUCGGCCAAAAACCACUCGUUCGGCAUCCGGGCUGCUCCCCAAUCUAUCGGCUUCUACAGCUCUCGCGACCUCGUCAAGACAAAGGACACCGUCAAGCUGGACCUCCCUCGGGUCGACGUGGACGGGACGCUCAAGACCAUCCAGGGUCAGGGCUAUUACGAGGUCCAGGUCAAUCUGGGUCUGUUCGCUUGUAUCGUCAAGCCGAGCGCACUGGACAAGCUGCUGUCACUAUACAAGUCACUCGUACCGGAGAUGCGGCAGCUCGUCAAGGACUACGGAUCGUACGCCCAGACCAUGUUCACUCCUGCGGCGGCACCGGCCGUGCCCACUCCUACAAAGGCGCCUGAUCUAUUCCGCCUCAACGUCGGCGUUGAGGGCAUUAGCAUCGGCCUACGGGCGGAUGACGUCGCUACGACCCUGCUCCUGCGCGCUCUCGCCCUCAAGGGCCGCGCGACAAACAGACACUCUGCUCAACGAGCUCUGUCCUGGCAAGCCGGCGUCGAACACUUCCAGGUGUCCCUCGGUCAAAUUGACAACGAGCCGCUGCCGGGUCAAGCGGACAAUUCCCGCAAGUACCAGUCGGCGUACAUGUACCUUGACGUCGACGUAUACGAGACACCCAGCGAUACAGCCGCGCCCUCUCGCCUCGGCGUCUCGCUCAGCCGCAUCCAGACGUUUAUGCACAUCGUCGCUCUGAGCGAGAUCAGCGACCUGAUCUCCAGCUGGACGAGCGACCUGCAUGACUUGACGAGUCAGCGCGGGACGGAGGUGGCGGAGGUGCGGGAGCAGACGAGCAAGUUCUUGAAAAAGAUCGAUACGAGCGAGGGGGUCAAGCCGGAAGACUCGUGGUUCGCCACGCGGCUUCUCACGGUGGACAUUGCCAGCUUUGGGCUGGCAGUACCGCUCGGGGCGGAGACAGUCAUUGACAUUCGUCAAGCCAGCGAGAUCACCCAGGCUCUCCUCUUCUCGAUUCGGUCGAUCAGCUUUGUCAAUCGGCGGAACGAGACGGCGCAAUUCCGGGUACAGCAUAUCGCCCUCCAAUUCGUCGGGGAGUUCAACGCGAGGAUGCCCAACCACUUCAUUGGCGAGUUUCACGACUCGAUCAACCAGAUGUCGUUGCCCCUCAUCAACGCGGAGGCACAAAUGUCGUCCAAGGCCGACGCGUGGACACUGGCGGCUCACUCGUCGGCGACGGACUUCAAUCUCGGACUCGACCCUGACUUUAUCGAGGGUAUCUUUCAACUCAUUGACCUCUAUGAGCGGGGAAAAGACCGGAUCGAUCAACUCGAGAAGCGGUAUCGAGCGGAGCUGUCGCGGAACCCCGCUCAUACGACGGCGACCGAGGCACCAGUCUCGCCGGUGGUCGCGCGCCAAACCCAGCGGAUAUACCUACGUCUUUCCUUCUCGUUCGAGAGUGGCAAGGUGCAGCUAUAUCGAGUAGCAGGAGCGGGGCAGGCCGGUGCAAGGGCUAGCUGGCACGAUGAGGUGGUUCUGCCGGGGAUCUCGGUUUGGGUAGACUAUGCGGGACCGAGUACGGAUGGGCUGGCAGACGAGUCAGACAAGGGGGGCUUGGUCAUCUUCAACGCCGCCGUGCAUCAAAGCCGCAACACGCUGCGACCGUCGAUCUUGCCCUUCUUUGUACAGGUCGCCAGCAGAGUCGAAAAGCGCUUCAAGUCAAAGCGGUCGGGUUCCAUACCCCAGCCGUCACCGGGAGUCGGAUCGGCGGUCUCGACUCCGGAUGCGGUGAAAACGACGGCACCCUCACUGGCGGCCGGAGGUGGCAGCGUCAACCGGCUUCGCCUGACUUUGCGCAUCGACCAGUCAGAGUUGCGCUUCGCUUGCAAUCCCGACUCGCAGGCGUACGUCAACCUCCGGUGGGAAAGCGGUGGUUUCCUUGGAAGCACCACUAUCGGCGCGGAAGAGGCAAGCACAUUCGCGGGGACCAUUACCGGCGUGACCACAAAUCUCAGCCACGAGUAUGAUCAUCUCGGCCGGAGCUGUAUCGAGGCUUCGGCUCGGGAUCUCACAUUCUCCAUCAUCCACACCCCAAACUGGCGAGACGACCAAGCGGGUGUGUCGAUCGUCAUGGACACUCGGGUCUCGGCGCAAUUCCGGCUGGACCUCUUCAGCGCCUGGCUCACCUUCGUCGCGGUCUGGGUAGAUAACGCCGGUCUCGACAAGCCCAUCAUCGCCGCUAUCGGAGAUCCAUCCACAGUGGCGGCGGCCGUUCCUGCACCGCCCACCUCGGAAAGCAAGCAGAUUGGUAUCGCCAUUCUGGCCCGCUUCCAAGCCAUCGACUUUGACGCGGAUGUCACGGUCUCGCACGCCAAGCUGAAGAUCAGCCCGGUUAUCCUUCACACGCUAUCAAACGGGAGCCGGACCCGCGUCGAUUUGCAGGUCGGCAAGACGGAGAUCACUGCAGCCGGGGAUAUCUCGGGCACCAUCACGGUGGACAACUUCGCUUUCGAGACGGUGCGCAAGUCUACGCGGGCAACGGAAGAUACAGAUCCCCAGUUGCUCAAGCUGGAGCUGAAGAGCGGGGAUCUGCGGGCUAGCCUGUUCCUAGGCGAAGCCAACAUCGUGCGCUUCCACCUGGGUACCACCACCGUGGGACUCCACGAUGACUGGAAGGAUCCGUCAAAGCCGCCGCUGUUGGCGUUCGCGGUCCAGGCGGGUCAACUGUCAAUGGUCGUCCGCCUCUUGGCUGUUCCUCGUCUCCUCGGCAAGGUGUACGAAGUCCUUGACGCCGUCGGUACACAGCAUCGAAUCGCGUCUCAGCGGUCCGAAACAUUCAAGGCGCACAAAGCCAAAAAGACCAGCGAUCCCUCUUCCAUUUCCACCGCUCUCGCUCAGACCAUGCAACGGACCGCAUCAAACCAAGCGGCGUCCCUCGGCAGCGAUACAGUCUUCUCUCAGACCAUGCAAUUCAAACUCGCCGGGAUCGCCAUUGGGGCGUAUAACGAGCUGGACAACGGCAAGGUGGACUUCUACUGCUUCACCGUGGGGAACAUUGAGGCGGAUCUGCUGCGCGAGCCCAAGCGAGUGGAUGGGGAGGACAGGCCGUUCCGGCGUCUGGGACUGAGGGUUGGGCUCAUGCACUGGGACGCGGUGGACGGAUAUAAAAUCACUGCUGUGGAGAGUAAGGACAGCUCGCCCGAGGACCUCCUGAAGUACUUUGCGGGGAUGAAGGCGAAUCGUCAGCACCAGGAGGUAGCGUAUCUACCGGAAAUGGAUCUUGUGAUGGACUCGGACGAGUACAAGGGGACGCCAACAAGGUUGCUGUAUCACUUUGCACUCGAAUGGGGUAAGACGAAAGGUGAUAUUCGUCUUCUACCUGGACUCUUCGACGACGCGUUCCGGUCCAUGCGGAACCUCAUCGCCAAGAUCGAGCAGGAAGAAGCGACUCGUGCUCGGCGAUUGGGAGUCAUCCGGCCGGCCAAGGAACCCGCCGAUAUCGUCACGGCGGAUGGUUCGACCCAUUUCGAGCCACGGGACCGGGCGAUCGAGACCAAGAUCCCGGUGCCCAAGCUCGAGAUGACGGGCGACUUGACGCAGAAUGUGGCGCAAAUGUUCCCGGAUUUCGAUCAGGCAGUGACGGACUUGCCAAAGCUGAGUCACAAAUUUGUGACUUUGAAGUUGGAGGAGGGGAUGGAUCUGCUGUUGAAGCUGUACGCCAAGCAGUUGCCGGCGAAGAAGGGGUAG